AUGGCGGAUCAACGGUACGUCAAGCGUCGUCGAAGCAUCGAUACCGUGGACAAGUGGAACCUGUGGCUACAUGCUGAUGAUCGCGGUCCUCGGAUCCUCGUCUUGAGCUUUGCGGCAAUUCACCUUCCUCACUUCGUUCCUCCACUUCAGUUGAGCAGCGGCCGUUCGAUUUUGCUCCACGGCGGACGCGUCGCUGCGGAGAAUGGCUACGGCAUUGAUCAUCCCUUUCCGUCUACACUUCUUGCAUAA